AUGCAGAUCGGAAUCGCAAACACUCUCCCGGCGCACCAGGUCCACCUUUUUCAGGCGAGGCGCGCCGGCAGCUUCAAGUACAACCAAUCCCCCCUCAAUCCUUCAACUGUAAUUUCUUCCUCCGCCUCUUCUCCGGCGACAAUCUCCGCCCCCGAUUGCACCAAGAGGCAUCUCGCCAACCUCGACAAGCUUCUCCAGAAGGAAACGCCGAAUUCCAGAUCCAACCGCCUCGAUUCGAUUCCCAAAGUUCCGAGACCGGAUAAUGGAGCGGCGCCGUCGGGUUUGGCGAGUCGGGGGAGGAAUUUUCUAGAGGGGCUGAAUCUGGCUCGGAUCUGGCCGGAGAUGAAGGCGGCGGCGGAGGAGAUGUCGCCGAGGCACCUGAACAGGCUGCACCGCCUCCUCUCGAUGACGGCGGAGUACUCCCCCCGCAACAGCCUGGCCUGCCGAUGGAGGGAUUACCACGGCGGUAACGACUGGAAGGGGAUGCUCGACCCUCUCGACGAGAAUCUCCGGCGGGAGGUGGUCCGGUACGGCGAGUUCGUCCAGGCGGCGUACCACGCCUUCAACUCAGAUCCAGCAACGGAGGCCGACGAGGCCCCGCUCCCCGUCCGCGUGGCGCUCCCCGAUAGGUCCUACAAGGUCACCAAGUCGCUCUACGCCACGUCAUCCGUCGGGCUGCCGAAGUGGGUCGAUGAGGUGGCCCCGGAUCUCGGGUGGAUGACCCAGCGAACCAGCUGGGUCGGGUACGUCGCGGUUUGCGACGACCGUAGGGAGAUCCAGCGCAUGGGCCGCAGGGACAUCGUGAUCGCCUUACGUGGCACUUCGACCUGCUUAGAAUGGGCCGAAAACAUGCGGGCCGGAUUGGUCCCAAUGGAAGACGAAUCAUCAUCAUCAUCUCCCCAAGCCCAAACCCAAACCCAGCCUAAAGUCGAGUGCGGGUUCCAAAGCCUGUACAAAACCGAAGGAGCCCAUGUCGCCAGCCUGGCCCAAUCCGUGGUCCAGGAAAUCAAACGCCUAAUGGAGCAGUACAAAGGCGAGACGCUUAGCAUCACGGUCACCGGCCACAGCCUCGGCGCCGCUCUGUCCCUCCUCGUCGCCGACGAGCUGAGCAGCUGCUCCCCCGACGUGCCGCCGGUGGCGGUUUUCUCCUUCGGGAGCCCCCGCGUCGGGAAUCGUGCAUUCGGCAAGCGGCUGACGGGGAAGAGCGUGAAGGUGCUAAGGAUCGUGAACAACCAGGACGUAAUUACCAAAGUGCCCGGGCUGCCGAUGGUGGAUGAGUUGGACGAUGACAACCACCCAUUGGCGUACAGCCACGUGGGCACGGAGCUACGUGUAGACACGCGGAUGUCCCCCUACCUGAAGCCGAACGCCGACGUGGCGUGCUGCCAUGACCUGGAGGCGUACUUGCACUUGGUGGACGGGUUUUUGGCGUCCAACUGUCCGUUUAGGGCGAAUGCGAAGAGGAGUUUGGUGAAGUUGUUGAAUGAGCAGAGAGGGAAUGUAAAGCAGUUGUAUACUAGCAAGGCGCAAGCCUUGAGCUUGAAAUUUGAGAGGCAAGGGCUUGCGGCUACUGGCUGCUUGCCUAGCCCUUCUUCUUCUUGA